GUUCGCAGCGAAACAACAACAACAAAGCAGAAAACAAUGCGAUAGCUUAGCUAACUUAGUUUAGUAGUUAAAUAAUAAAUUGUUCCUACCUCAACUAAUUUGACUAAAUUACAUCUGCGUUAUCUAAUCAAAGUUUGUUGUUCACGAAAAUGUAGUCUUGCUUUGACCCGGUUUCAUACUGCUCCGUUGCAAAUGCUAACGUUAAUUCAAACAUACCUGCAAUUGCUAAUUAUUUUGGAACGAAAGGCAGAUAUGAGGAGAUUAACAGCUAUCUCAUUAAUGACAUCCUCUCGGUAAACAAAUCCUUUUUAAAACCGGGAUGUACGGAUUGCACGGCUAUUCAUGUGACCGCCAUUAUUCGGCAUGGUACACGAUAUCCAACGACCAAAAAUAUAAAAAGGAUGCAACGGCUUUACGACCUUGUUCGAAACGAGGCAAUGAACACUGAUAAAUGGCUGAAUGACAUCAAAACCAAGUGGGAAAUAUGGUACACUGACGACAUGGAUGGCAAGCUUGUGGAGAAGGGGCUAGAUGACCAUAGGCAUCUGGCUGUCAGGUUGGCAACAUUGUUUCCGUCUCUGAUAUCCGAGGAAAACCUCCGAGCCCACCGUAUCCGUUUCAUCACUAGCUCUAAACACAGAUGCGUGGACAGCAUUGUAGCAUUCCAAGAGGGCCUGCUCAACCUUUGGAAAGUGACCGGUGAGUUUGUUUGUACAGCAAAGCUAGCUAGUUUUGUCGUUUUGCUAUUCCCUGAAUGAUAUGCCUGAACCUAUCACACUCAGUCUCUCACACUGAUUACUUUUGGUACAGCUGAGAGGGGCGAGAUCAGAGAAAAUAAUGUACAAUGUUUGGACUUAUUGUAUUCUAUUUUUGUCUUGUUGCAGAAGUUGGACCCAGCCACAAAAUCAACGAUGAGUUGAUGAGAUUCUUUGACAAUUGCCAGAAAUUUGUUGAGGAUGUAGAGAACAACCAAACUGCCCUGGAAGAGGUCCACCUCUUCAAGGCCUCAGCAGAGAUGAAGAGUGCAGAUGAAGAUGGCUGACAAGCUGCAAAUUCCAUACAAUCGGAUCACACCAGGUUGCUUGGUUCCAAAUCUUUGCCACUUUGUGUAGUGGAGAUAGUUCAUCGUGUUACGGUUGAAACUUGCAAUCCUCUUGUGCCAGUUAAAUUCAUUCACUAAUCCUCCAAUUAUUAUUUUUUUGUCACCAGAUCUGGUGGAGGCUACAUUCUUCUUGUGCUCAUAUGAGUUUGCCAUUAAAUCUUUGAACUCCCCCUGGUGCAACCUGUUUGAUGAGACUGACGCCCAAGUAUGUCCACAAAAUCAUGGGAGAGCUAUUGCCUCUACCACAAACAAUGAAGAACCCGGUUCAGUCAUAAAGAUCUAAUUUUCAUUAAUGUAAUCACCUGUGCCUUUUCAGGUACUGGAGUACAAGAAUGACCUGAAACAGUACUGGAAGAGGGGCUAUGGUCAUGACAUCAACCGCAAGUCCAGUUGCACUCUCUUUCAUGACCUGUUCAAUCGUCUUGAUCAGGCUGCUCAUGAGAUCAGGUGAGUUGGUUGUAAAGUUAAACCACAGUCCACACUCCAUUUUAUUGUCUACCAUGAUUAUAUCACUUAGUGCCUUCAGAAAGUAUUCACACCCCUUGACUGUUUCCACAUUUUGUUGUUACAAAGUGGGAUUAAAAUGGAUUUAAUUUUCUUUUUUUUGUCAACGAUCUACACAAAAUACUCUGUCAAAGUGGAAGAAAAAAAUUCUAAAUGAGGCAAUGAUUACAUAAGUAUUCAACCCCCUGAGUCAAUACAUGUUAGAAUCACCUUUGGCAGCGAUUACAGCGAUGAGUAUUUGUGGAUAAGUCUCUAAGAGCUUUGCACACCUGGAUUGUACAGACAUUUGUACAUUAUAACUUUUUUAAAUUCUUCAAGUUGGUUGUUGAUCAUUGCUAGACAGCCAUUUUCAAGUCUUGCCAUAGUUUUUAAAGCCAAUUUUAAGUCAAAACUGUAACUUGGCCACACAGGAACACUCAAUGUCAUCUUGGUAAGCAACUCCAGUGUAUAUUUGGCCUUGUGUUUUAGGUUAUUGUCCUGCUGAAAGUUGAAUUUGUCUCCCAGUGUCUGUUGGAAAGCAGACUGAACCAGGUUUUCCUCUAGGAUUUUGCCUGUGCUUAGCUCUAUUCCAUUUUUUUUAUCCUAAAAAAAAAAAAUCCCUAGUCCUUGCCGAUGACAAGAAUACCCAUAACAUGAUGCAGCCACCACCAUCCUUGGAAAUAUGAAGAGUGGUACUCUGUGACGUAUUGUGUUGGAAUACCACCUUUGCAUUAUGGGGUAUUGUGUGUAGACCAGUGACACAAUCUCAAUUUAAUCAAUUUUAAAUUCAGGCUGUAAUAACAAAAUGUGGAAAAACUAAUGAGAUGUGAAAACUUUCUGAAGGCACUGUAUAUAGGCCAAUCAUUGUUAUCUAGCCAGUCCCCUUACUUGUUAUUGAAAAACUAUUGGGACCCAACACUUCCUCUCCCAUGGAUUGUGUUACACCUGUUUUCAAUGGGCUCUACAAUGGGAAAUCUAAUUGAGCUACCUGCUAUGUGGCAAUGGGGAAUAUAUUGUUUUCCCCUCUGAUGCAUUUCACAGCACUUCCCUUAGUAGUUGUUUUAACAUUGUAAUAGCAUGUGGCUGGUUAUUAUCAUGAUUUUUGAACUGUGGAUAGUCCUUUUUUUCCGUUCAGGUUUGGGCAUGUAUCUGAGGCCGUGACCAUCCAGGUGGGCCAUGCCGAGACCCUCCUGCCCCUGUUGGCCCUCAUGGGUUUCUUCAGAGACGAGACGGCCCUGACUGCUGACAACUUUGACGUGCAACAUGGCCGCACCUUCCGUACCAGCCGCAUCGUGCCUUACGCAGCCAACCUGCUCUUUGUGCUGUAUGACUGCAGCGAAGGACCGGCUGCAGUUCCUCCUCAACGAGACACCUCAGAACUUCCCCGAUAUAAAGCACCAGGCUCCACUCUACGAUACGGUCAGAGAGACCUACAGAGAGCUGCGGCACGGCUGCAAUUUUGAGAAAGAGUGCGAGCUGCCCAGACCCAACCAUAACUCUGAUCUGUGAACUUUGGGCAUGUGAAUGUAAAGAGCUCUCUACAGGGGUUGGAGGACUCAAACAUCUAUGUGUCAUGCAAGAGAGGGGUUUUAAUGGUUUUGGCCAAAGCAGUUACACUUUGUUAAUGGUCUAGCUUUUUUGAAGUAAUUCAAGUCAGUGGUUUUACAGAUAUACAGGUUUCACAGAUAGCUUUUACAGGUACACUUUUUUUUUAUGUGUCACUUUAGCAUAUGAGUUAUGCUGAUAGCUUUCUUUUCUAGGGUCAGAAUCCAGGGUCUUUAUUGAACACUUUUUAGAGGAGGGAGAGAUUUAUAUUUAUGUCAUUUCACGGUUUUGUAUUGAUAAUUUAUAGUAAAGCAUAUUUUUCAGGUGCCUUUUUGUGUUUGCAUACAGAAUGCAUUUUCCAAAAGCAGAAAGAACCACCUACAGUGAGGGAAAAAAUAUUUGAUCCCCUGCUGAUUUUGUACAUUUGCCCACUGACAAAGAAAUGAUCAGUCUAUAAUUUUAAUGGUAGGUUUAUUUGAACAGUGAGAGAGAGAAUAAAAUAAAAUAAAUCCAGAAAAACGCAUGUCAAAAAUGUUAUAAAUUGAUUUGCAUUUUAAUGAGGGAAAUAAGUAUUUGACCCCCUCUCAAUCAGAAAGAUUUCUGGCUCCCAUGUGUCUUUUAUACAGGUAACGAGCUGAGAUUAGAGCACACUCUUAAAGGGAGUGGGGCCCCGUGUAGCUCAGUUGGUAGAGCAUGGCGCUUGCAACGCCAGGGUUGUGGGUUCAAUUCCCACGGGGGGCCAGUGUGAAAAUGUAUGCACUCACUAACUGUAAGUCGCUCUGGAUAAUAGCGUCUGCUAAAUGACUAAAAUGUAAAUGUUACCUGUAUAAAAGACACUUGUCCACAGAAGCAAUCAAUCAAUCAGAUUCCAAACUCUCCACCAUGGCUAAGACCAAAGAGCUCUCCAAGGAUGUCAGGGACAAGACUGUAGACCUACACAAGGCUGGAAUGGGCUACAAGACCAUCGCCAAGCAGCUUGGUGAGAAGGUGACAACAGUUGGUGCGAUUUAUUCGCAAAUGGAAGAAACACAAAAUAACUGUCAAUCUCCCUCGGCCUGGGGCUCCAUGCAAGAUCUCACCUCGUGGAGUUGCAAUGAUCAUGAGAACGGUGAGGAAUCAGCCCAGAACUACACGGGAGGAUCUUGUCAAUGAUCUCAAGGCAGCUGGGACCAUAGUCACCAAGAAAACAAUUGGUAACACACUACGCCGUGAAGGACUGAAAUCCUGCAGUGCCUGCAAGGUCCCCCUGCUCAAGAAAGCACAUAUACAUGCCCGUCUGAAGUUUGCCAAUGAACAUCUGAAUGAUUCAGAGGAGAACUGGGUGAAAGUGUUGUGGUCAGAUGAUACCAAAAUGGAGCUCUUUGGCAUCAACUCAACUCGCCGUGUUUGGAGGAGGAGGAAUGCUGCCUAUGACCCCAAGAACACCAUCCCCACCGUCAAACAUGGAGGUGGAAACAUUAUGCUUUGGGGGUGUUUUUCUGCUAAGGGGACAGGACAACUUCACCGCAUCAAAGGGACGAUGGACAGGGCCAUGUACCGUCAAAUCUUGGGUGAGAACCUCCUUCCCUCAGCCAGGGCAUUGAAAAUGGGUCGUGGAUGGGUAUUCCAGCAUGACAAUGACCCAAAACACACGGCCAAGGCAACAAAGGAGUGGCUCAAGAAGAAGCACAUUAAGGUCCUGGAGUGGCCUAGCCAGUCUCCAGACCUUAAUCCCAUAGAAAAUCUGUGGCGGGAGCUGAAGGUUUGAGUUGCCAAACAUCUGCCUUGAAACCUUAAUGACUUGGAGAAGAUCUGCAAAGAGGAGUGGGACAAAAUCCCUCCUGAGAUGUGUGCAAACCUGGUGGCCAACUACGAGAAAUGUCUGACCUCUGUGAUUGCCAACAAGGGUUUUGCCACCAAGUACUAAGUCAUGUUUUGCAGAGGGGUAAAAUACUUAUUUCCCUCAUUAAAAUGCAAAUCAAUUUAUAACAUUUUUGACAUGCGAUUCUGGAUUUUUUUGUUGUUAUUCUGUCUCUCACUGUUCAAAUAAACCUACCAUUAAAAUUAUAGACUGAUAAUUUCUUUGUCAGUGGGCAAACGUACAAAAUCAGCAGGGGAUCAAAUACUUUUUUCCCUCCAUGUAAUAGAAUAGAAUGUCUGUCACUGGAUACAGUGAGAUAUUCAAGUAUUGGGAUAGUGACAUUUUUGUUGUUGUUUUUUGCUCUGUUCUCCAGCACUUUGGAUUUGAAACGAUACAAGGAUUAUGAGGUUAAAGUGCAGACUGUCAGCUUUAAUUUGAGGGUAUUUUCAUCCAUAUCAGGUGAAGCGUUUAGAAAUUACAGCACUUUUUGUACAAAACUGGUUACUGACCUUUUUUGUUUUUGGGUCUCUACACCAUUUUGGAUUUGAAAUGAUGCAAUGACUAUAAUGUUAAAGUACAGACUGUCAGCUUUAAUUUGAGGGUAUUUUCAUCCAUAUCAGGUGAACCAUUUAGAAAUUGUUUCUAAACACUUCUACAUUCAUGUGGAUUCUACCAUGAUUAGGCGUAAUCCUGAAUGACUCGUGAAUAAUGAUGAGCGAGAAAGUUACAGACGCACAAAUACUGUUAUUGUAAUGGUGAGGUUAGCAUGUCUUGGGGGUAUGAUAUUUGUGCUUCUAACUUUCUCACUCAUCAUUAUUCACAAUUCAUUCAGGACUAUCCAUAGUCCUGGUAGUAUCUACAUUAAUGUGGAAGUGUUUAGAAACAUAUUUUAUUCUUAUUUACAAUAAAAGUGACUCAAAUGACACAAUACAUAAUUUACCAUUCAUUUCUAUUGGGCACAAAAUAAUCUGAAACACAACCAAAACAAACAGCAAAUGCAUUGUCCCAAUACUUUUGGUCCCCUAAAAUGGGGGCAUUAAGUUAAAGAAAACAAAGUGCUGUAAUUUCCAAAUGGUUCACCUGAUAUGGAUGAAAAUACCCUCAAAUUAAAACUGACAGUCUGCAAUCAUUUCAAAUCCAAAACGCUGGGGUACAGAGCCUAAACAAAACGUGUCACUAACCAGGUUUUCCUCCAAACUUUUUAUGGAAGUAAAGUACAUGUCUGAUGACCGGCCUGAUGGAAACAGAACAUUUUUCGGUAAACUUUCAAAAUGUCGACCAAACAAAGUACCCUAGACAAGGUGCGAUAUUUUUGUGCCGGUAAAAUUAUUUAUGCGAGAAAUGUCGGUGGAAACACUUUUAUGCACAAAUAUUAAUAUAAUAACCAUCAUAUCGAAGUUAACUUGGGAGUCACGCGAUGACGUUGUGUGGUCCUCCCACUAUGACUCCUCGGGAAAGCAUGAAGUUUAUUAGGCUACAGAUGAAAUACAUUAUGAUGGACUUCACAGGGUGGUGAAAGUGCAAGGUGAUGAGCUUGAUGCUCCUUUCCAAUAAAUAUCGAGGGUCUUAUUCUGGUGACAUUAUAAUCUAUGCUUGGGUGCCGUUUGACAAAUAACAAGUAAUCUCUCUUUUGUUCAUAAUAAUACUCUCAACAUGUAGGCUAUAGUGCGUUCUAGCCAACAGCGUGCCAAUACUGGGUACACACGCUCAUUUUUUUGUAAGAACCAACAGCAGAGUUGAAAUGCAAUGGAAACCCAUUUAAAGUAUUUUUUUUAUUCGGUAAAUGGCAAUUUAACCGCAAAAGGUAUUUUAUGUGCACUACGUCAUCCCGCAUAGCCAUUUAUCUGCAACAAGUCAAUAUGAUAGAAACGCAUCUGGAAGGAAACGGCGUUUAUUUGUUUGAACGUGCAUUUUAUAUUAUUCGCAUGAAAAUCUGUCGCCAAUUGGAUGGAAACGUUGCUACUGUCCCAAUACUGUAUAUGCAGUGGGUUGGGUUUCCCUGCUGAAAGGGACCCUUUGCAAUGUGUUGUUGUUAAAUUUUUUGCUCAAUAAUAUGAGUAAUUUGUGUGGGCUGAUUUAUAUUUGUAUUCAUUUUCAGAAACAUUUAUUCCAAAAUGUGCUUUUUUUUUUAUUCAAACAUUCUUGGACUGCUUUGUGAACAAUGAGCUUUUACAUUUUGGGUUACUUUAUCUGAGUUACUUUAUUUGAUUAUUUAUUAUUCUACAUUGUCAUAUGAUUUGUUUGUG